AUGCAGGCAUCCAAUGGCGCUGCCAUGAUAAGUGGCGAAUCGUGGACAGAGUUUCUGUCCACCAAGGGAUUCUUUGUUCCUGACAAAUGGGACGUGUACUGGGCCAACAGACGGGCAGUGAGAGAGGGCGUGCAGGACAGGCUGUGGGUGUUGAAGGAGAAUGCACACAGGGGGCAGGGGGUGGUGGUCCUCCCAGAGAAGGAGGCUGUGAUGCGAGCCAUCUCGGAACGAGGCAGAGAUGGCGGUGUCCUCUACGAAAUGUCACAAGCCUACAUCGGCAACCAGCUCACUGUUGCAGGCAGAAAGUUCUACCUCAGGGUGUGGGUCAUAGUGACAAACGCGGAGCCGGUGCGUGUGUAUUUGUUCAAUGGGGGUGUGCUGCCCUUUGGCUCCCUCAAGGAGGAGGCUGCGGCAGCCGGCAAGGAAGCUUCCUGCUCUGCAGAAAGAGGCCAGGAAGAGGGAACAUGCGAGGCCUCAGGCACGCAGGAUGAGCUCAUCGUCAAUCUGUGGAGGAACAGGGGAGAGGCUGUCAUAUGGAGCGUCGAUGACCUCCGGCGGCAUCUGACAGACACAGAGAAUGAUUCAAGCACAGCCUUUGACAGAAUCUGGGCUGCCAUCCAAUUGGCAAUAGGGCUCACUUUUGAGGCAGCGCAACCAGAGCUCAGUGAGGCAGCCAGGCAGCACCCCUCACCACAGGGUGUUGCAUUUGAGGUGCUGGGAGUGGAUUUCCUUGUUGACAGCAACUUGCGGCCCUGGCUCCUGGAAGUGAACGCUGUGCCCUCCAUGGCACGGCAGGUUCUAAAGUGCGCAGACUCGAAAGAGGGGUGUGAGAAUACAACGGUGAAUGCAUUCGAUCAGCAGAAGGCAGCUGUGGUUGGAAGCCUCUUCCAGCUGCUGCUCGCUACUGCUGGUCAGGCCACCAACAGCAUGAAGGGAGCGGGGGAAUCAGAGAUGCAGAGCCUUCUCAGUCAAGGAGCUGCAGAGAUGGAGACUGCGCGCAGGGCCGGAUUUAUCCCCAUCUGUGCGGCAGCAGAGGCAGCUGCGCUGUCAAAACGGCAUCAGCCGCCAUCUGUGGACGUAUGCUAG